UUCGUUUAGUUACCAGAAAGGAAAAGAAGGCAAGAGAAGAAUGGCAGCUUCUCCUGCUUGUUGUAGAGUCCCUUCUAGGUGUUCACCUUUCCUGUCCACCGGAAGCAAAAACUCCAUUGCAGCGUUGGGUUCUAUCUCUUUCUCUUCUAAAAUCCACCGCCGAAUACCCUUUCUUGCCACUGGCUUCAUCUCUCCCUCUGUCAAGAACAAGCGUCGGCCAUGUCCACUUCAAGUGAGAUCAGUGGCUACUCCUGCCGAAACUGCUGCUGGGUUUGAUGAGAUGGUUUCUGGGACUCAACGCAAAUAUUAUUUGCUUGGUGGAAAGGGUGGUGUAGGGAAGACCAGCUGUGCUGCUUCACUUGCUGUAAAAUUUGCCAACAAUGGGCAUGCGACUCUUGUGGUUUCAACUGAUCCGGCACAUUCAUUGAGUGAUUCUUUUUCUCAGGAUUUGACUGGAGGGACACUAAUACAAGUUGAAGGGCCCGAUUCACCACUAUUUGCUCUUGAGAUAAACCCAGAGAAGGCAAGAGAAGAAUUCCGAAAUGCUUCUCAGAAGAAUGGUGGAACUGGAGUCAAAGAUUUUAUGGAUGGCAUGGGCCUUGGAAUGAUUGUAGAACAGUUGGGAGAGUUGAAACUUGGAGAGCUUCUGGACACACCUCCUCCUGGUUUGGAUGAAGCUAUUGCAAUUUCCAAAGUUAUACAAUUUCUUGAAUCGGAAGAAUAUAGUAUGUUUACUCGAAUAAUUUUUGAUACGGCUCCCACGGGUCAUACAUUGCGACUUUUGUCUUUGCCGGACUUCUUAGAUGCAUCCAUAGGCAAGAUAUUGAAGCUUAGGCAGAAAAUAGCUUCAGCCACCAAUGCUAUCAAGUCUGUUUUUGGCCAAGAAGAAACCCGGCAGGAUGCUGCAGAUAAAUUGGAGCGGCUGAGGGAGAGGAUGAUAAAAGUGCGCGAGCUUUUUCGUGAUACAGAUUCUACAGAGUUCGUCAUAGUAACAAUACCCACGGUUAUGGCGAUCAGUGAGUCAUCCAGGCUACAUGCCUCAUUAAAGAAGGAGAAUGUUCCUGUCAAGAGGCUUAUUGUUAAUCAGAUUCUACCCCCUUCUGCUUCAGACUGCAAGUUUUGUGCAAUGAAAAGGAAGGAUCAGAUGCGUGCUCUAGAUAUGGUAAAUAGUGAUCCAGAACUCUCUAGCUUGACGUUGAUCCGAGCUCCCUUAGUCGACGUAGAAGUUAGAGGUGUUCCAGCUCUUCAAUUUAUGGGUGAUAUUAUCUGGAAAUGACCAUCUGUUCCCCUGUACACGAAAUGUGCAGUUCACAAGCGCCAGGAUCUUUCGGAAAAUGGAUGCCUAUUCGAAGCGUGCAUAGUUGAGCUUUAAACAUUUGAAAUCAAACUUCCUCAGCAGGGUGUCAUCUCUUGAUUGGUAGCUUUUGAGGUUAAGCUCCAUAUAGCACUGUGAUGGAACUCAAUGGAGCCCUAAAAAUACAGAGGUACAAAGUCAUAAGAAGUGAUGAUAGAGAUUACUUGUGAAACUCAAACAAACCGAUUUGAUAUGUUGGUACUUUCUAUCUGAUUCAUGUUAAAAAAAAAACUUCUUAUCAGAAGUGAACGAAGAGGAGAAUUAUACUAAUUAAUCCCUUUAUACUCA